GAAUGUCUGAAAUACAGAAAUAGUAGAGAAACAAUUUUAAAAAAUUAAAAUGGACUGGUCACCAUCAUAUCAAUGACAAUGAUCAUGGAUUCUUGUAUUCCUACUAUUCUAGAUUUGUAUUUUUGAGUGAGGCUGCUGAGGAACAAAUUGUGCAAUGUCCAAUAAAUUAAAUAAUAAAGAAUUAACAAAUGUACCUGACUACCAAAAACUUAGUAGUGCAGCAGCUGCUGUUGGUAAUCCAGAAGUACAGUUGGCAGGUUGGGAUGCUGAUGUGGAAAUGCUGGUACCAUCCCCAAUCAUCCAUCCUCCAGGCAGUCAACAGUAUUACUUAGCUGAAAAUUCAUUAUCCUAUGGCAGAGUUUCCCCAGGAGUUUCAGAGCACAAAAAAGGCAGUGGCAACAUUAAGAUGUUUCCUAGAGCAUCUUUGGAUUCACAACAACAUGGCUUUGUAAAACGGAACAGCACACUCCCUAGUAAAUAUGUGUAUCCAGUAUAUGCAAAUGAAUCAAAAUACAUUAGAACAAAUCAAAUGGCUAAAAGGUCUUUUUACAUUGGUGGAUUUUCUAGUCAAAGGGAAAUUCCAUCACCUACUUUGAAUCAAAAACAACAUGAUAAGCAGGAUCUUGAUCACUAUAAAGACAGUCAAGGUUAUUCUCAAGACAACUCAGAGUAUUCAGGAGAACAUUUCAUUUCAGAACACUGGAAUGAAGGUGGUCCCAUGAGUUCUACUAACAAAUCAUCCCAGGGGGAUCUGAGAGCUUGGCAGCAGCAGCACCAGGAGGAACUGAUACAUCAACAUUUAGAAGCUGAUGCAUUAUAUCAAAGUCCCAGUGCUCAGCCACAGAUAAGUCAUUUAGAGUCAGGACUGAACAAAGUUAGUAUGGAUGAAAGGUGGGAUCCUGUAAGACGAGCUGCAGACAGUAUUAUUAGAGAGAAAAAUAUGAUUAUUGAAAAAUUAAAGAACAGAAUUUUCCAACUUGAAGAAGAUUGUAAUUUAUCUGAAAGUAAACUCAGGCAAUCACUCCUUUCUAAAGAUGAUACUACUGAUAUUUUAAAGCAAAAAUUACAAGAACUUCAGCACAAAAAUACCUCAUUAAAAGAACAACUCAGUGAAGAAAGAACAAAAAAGCAUUCUGAAAUUGAUGACCUGGAAGUUAAGUUGGGGGGUACUGAGUAUGAAUUAAAGCAGUUAAAAUCUAGCAUGUCAAAAAAAGAAGAAAGCAUUUCAGAAAUAAUGGACCAGUUGUCAAAGAAAACUGAAGAAGCUAAGCAUUGGAAGGAAAAGUUUAACGACUGCUGCAACAGUCACCUUGAGAUGAAGAAAAAACUUGAUAGCAUUCAGAGAUAUUUUGAAGAACUCCCUACACUUGAAGAAAGCAAACAACAAGCUGAAGAACUUGUUAGUUUCAAAGAAGAAGUCAAGAAUUGGAAAUCAAGAACUGAAGACCUAGAAAAGAAAAAUAGUCAUAUGAGGAAAGUUAUUACUGCACGAGAUUUUAGAAUUCAUGAACUGGAAGAAAAAAACAAAGACUUACAAGCAGAAAUUGAAACAGCUCACCAACAUCUUGAAGCCUUAGGCUAUACCAAAGCUGAGCAAGAAUUGAGGCAAGCUCUUACUGACAAAGAAAAACUUGCAUCAGACUUGGACAAAGCCAAAAAGUUGUUAGAGACAACUCUGAGCAAGUUGAAAAAUGUUGAAGUGAAGCAUGUAGCUGAAAUCAGAACUUGUCAUGAGAAACUUACACAGGAAGAAGAAAUGGUCAUGACUUUAAAGACUGAAGUGGCCAGUAAAGAAGAACAAAUUGAAAAAAUGAAAAAGACAAUAAAAGAGCUGGGCUCACAGAAUCAAGACUUCUUACAGCAAAGUUUGAUGUUUAAAGAAGAACUACGCUCCUUAGAAUCCCACAAUUCAACCGCCAACAAGGAGCUGCAGCAGAACAUAAUGAUACAAUUAAGUUACUGCUUCUCUGAGCUAAGAGCACUGGUUCAAAUAUGUACACAAAGGUUACGAGGGCAAGACCCUGAUAUCUCACUACUUCUGGGACUUGAAGAUUCUGUCAAACAAGACCAGUCCUCCAGUGGGGCAGGUGUGAGAGGGACUGACACAAGAGCAGGUAGUAAAUCUCUUCCUCUUAGCCAGUGGCUCUCAACCAUUAAAGAGAUGAGAAAAGAAAUGACCACAAUAAGGACACACAUAUGCAACAAGUAUGCCGAAGACAUGGGUGACAACAUGACUUGUGCCACUCAGUGAUCACCUUUAUCUACUACCUACUCUUGUUACACUUGGCUAUGCAAGUUAAAUGGUGCCUCAAACAGUUGACUAUGCAUCUCAUUAGCAAACUAAUUGUCAAAUCUAUGUUAUUGGCUGCUGUAAUCAAUUUGUUACUAUAUGUGAAGGAAGUGCGAGUAAUUAGCAUCAUCAGAUUCUCAUGUUUAAACUGCUGUUGAUGACAAUUACUACAUAGGUUUAUUAUGCAUAAUCAAACAUAUUGUCAUCCUCCAUUAUUAUGUUAUCCUAGCCAUAAUGUCAUGAGUAAAUCUAUUCCCCACUUCACACAAGUCACUUCUCCACACUCAGUUAUUUGUUGUCACUUUAUUUCCAUAUUUAUUCCACUCUGUUUUAUUAUUUAUAAUCUUUAUAUCUCAUUUUGUUUGGAUGAUGUGUACAUAUAAUAUCACAAGUCUGUAUAUUACAUUAUUAGAUAAAAUGUUGAAACAAGUAUGUUUGUAUGUGUAGAUACUUUGUAUAUAUAUAUAUAUAUAUAUAUUUAUAGAAUUGUUUGGACAUGAAAUGUUUUUUAAAAUGGCUUGAUCAAAACCAAUAAUUUAUUAUUAUCUACAACUUUUUAAUGACCCCAAUUUUGCAUUAGCAAUAUAUGUAGGUCACAGAUGGGUAUUCAUAGCCAGUUGAAAUUAUCACUUUUUCCAAAUCUUAGGGCUUAAUGCAAUGGCUUAAGCUGAUACAAAAAAUAUACCAUUGUCAUUUUUUUUUUAAUUCUUUUCUAAUCAUAGAAAACAAAAUUUUAAAACAUGGCAUAUUUUUUUUAUAUAAAAAUAUAUUUAUUGCAAAAAAAUAUUUUUAUAAUGUCAAAAAUUAUCUUAGAAAUUACUAUUUCUAAGUCCAUAAUGUGUUAAAUGUAUUACAAUUAAGCAAAGCACUAGAUCUGAUAAUUUCAUAAUAUUUCUCUAACUUUCACAAUGUUUUCCUGUUUAUUAGAUUUAUUUUUUUUGAAAGCCAAAAUCAAUUUUAUACAUGACUUUAUUUAAUCUUUCCAUGUUUUUACUUUAACAUGACUAUUGACUAUUGCCAAAAAGAUUAUGAUUUACAUUCAAUGACAAAUACCAAAAGUUUGUUUUAUUUUAUGAACACUUGUCUUGUCUUGUUUUUUUUUCUGUUGACUUUCAUUUUGUUCUAUAAAUAACAAUAACAUAUUCAAACUUCUCAUUUGGGUUUUAAUUUAAUGACAAUAUUCACCAGAACAAAAUGAACACAUUUUGUUGUUUUUUUCAGCACUUAGCAUUUAUCUAUGUAAUCAUUUGUUUUCCUCCUGAACUACUUUAAUGCUUACUUUGACCCAAAUGCUUUUUAUAACGUACAAGAAAACUAUCAUUUCAAACAAGUCAUUACAUCUACUUAAAAUUGCAUGCUUAUAAUAUUCUGUUGUUAAAAUAUAAUCAACUUGUCCAAAUUACUUUAAAAAACAUAAAGAAAAAAUAAAUUAAAUAAAAUUAAGAUUGAUCCUAUUUGUCAGGGCAUAAUUCUCUUUCUCUAUAAAAACAUUUGUAAGAUUAACAACUGUAACUUAUUGGAGACUAUGUUUAGCCCAGGACAAAAGCAAAAAUGUUAUCACAUUAGAAUCUGUUGUUGUUACUGUAAGCCUUAGUUUAAUUAUUAAAAUGAUAUGAAACCAAAUGUUCAAAUGCACCAUCCAAUGACAUGUACAUUCUUUACCACAACAGAAGCAUUACAUAGUGUAAAUAGCAUUUAAAUGUUCAAAACAAUUGAACAAGUAUAUUUAUUGUUAUUUAAACAAAAAACAAGAUUCAGACAUUUUGAUUCCUUUUGUUGAGAAAGUCCUUUGUGUUAAAAAUAUUGUUUUGUGUCCAAAUAACCUUCAGAGUUGCAGGCUAGUAGCCUCAGUGUGUUUUAUUGAUCUAGGGACAACUUCAUGGUGCAACCAAAGUACUGCCACCAUUAUAGUUCAUUGAAACAUUUUUCUUUUUCCCCAUUUUUACUCACAUGUAUUGUGCCGCUUUGUAACCAGAGUAUAACUCAUAGUUACAUUCAUUUCAGUAUUGUUUAUUAUAUCUAUUAUGUUGAACACUAAAGUAUUGCAGUUUCUGUGAUAAUAGACUCUAGUGCUAAAAGUACUCAAGUCACAGUACCAACAUUGAUAACUAUUUAUGUAGUUGGAUGUCCUUACAUCAAAAACAUAAAGAUGUAGCCUACUCUAAAAACACUGGCUGAAUUUUAUUUUUAUUGAUUAUUACCAGAUACUGUUUUUGUGAAAAAAAAAGUACUUUUAGCAUUUGUGCUAAUAUUUAUUUGUAUUUGCUAUGAAAAGCUGAAAUGGCUGAUUAAUUAAGUCUAAAAAGAAAAUCCUUACUCUCCUCUCCUUACUGUGGUGGCAACUUUCCAUAUAGCUAAAUGUGAGAAUUCUGAUUUAGAAUGUAAGAACUAAAUGGUUCACCCAGUUUACAAUAGAAAGGUCAAAGAAAGGAGAGUAGGUUUAUGUGCUGGCCUUUGAUAAGCAGGGCUGAAAUAAAUGACCACUCAGAAGCCAACUGCCUUAUGAAGUUUCCAAUGAAAACAUGUUUGUGUUUCUUUGACUACUUAAACUUGAACUAAUUUCCAUGAACAUGAUGUAGCCAAUUCAUUAUUUCUUCAUUUUAUACAACCAAAAUAUGUUCUCAUUGCUUUGUUUUAAAAUUCUAAUAAAAUGUUGAGUUUGUUCCA